GUCAAGAAGGCUCUGUCCAAGAUCUACUUGUACUUAUCCAACACUAGGGGAUCCAAGGCGUUGGUGGCACACCUGUAUUGUCAUGUUGUGGAACUACAUUUAUACAAAAACCUCGUUUUUAACGCCGGAAUCCUCCCGAAAUUGUUCGAAUGUUCCUAUAUUGUUUAAAUUUAGGGGCCACUUAUUGAAAAAGCCAUGGCGUGUACCGAAAUUCUCUGUCAAUGGUGACACUGUACCAGAUAAUUUCAAAGGCAAGAACAAGCAAACAACUAGGCCUAGAAAAAUGGACUUGAGGUUGAUGUGCAUGGCAACCGAUGUUGAUGCCGCCGACUUGGGCGUGGGGGAGUUUGCGAAAUCAGCUCAAAGCACCAAGUACUUAACUGACAGGGCCAAAAUGAUCGUGUGCAACAAAGCACAAUUGAUUACGUUUGUCAAGGCUUUGAAGCUGACGCAAGAAGAUGUCAAGGAGGAUUAGAAGCAGAAACCUCAAACAUAAGAUUGGUUUCAAGUGGGGCUUACGUUCUCUAUAAGGUAGCCAAUUGCACCAUCGAUGGAGAUCCUACGACCCUU